CAAGGUAUCUACAAUCAAUUUAUUAUUUUUGACAUGUAUUGUGUUCGUUCGUGAGGCUAUUGAAAUACAUUGAUUUUAAAAUACUAUCGAGUGACAGACAUAAGUGGAAAGUUGUAAACAUGUACAGUAAAGAAUUUAGGAAGUUACUGAGGCCGAACAACUUGCUGCUACCAAAACAGCCGAAUCAUGACGAUUUUUUAUACGUCAUUCGCAAGGUUUUCCACUUGUCCAGUCUGUUUGGUGUUUAUGGAUCUAAAAGCUAUAUGAAUUUGUUAUGGUCUGCUGUUGUAUUGGGAUCACUGCUCAUCAUCGAGGUCAUGGCCAUUUGGAAGGUCAUUAAGGCUCUGGCAGGUCUAGCUAGAGAUAUAUCAGGGAAUCGAAGUGUAACAGCUCGCCUAUCAGGAACUAUCUUCUAUUCGAUAUCUAUUUUAUCUCUAAUACUUAGCUCAAAGCUUUGCUACUCUUGGCGAAAGCUGUCACAAGUAUGGGCCAAAGUGGAAAGAUCAGUGGGUGUCAACAUACCAGCAGACAAAACGUUAAAGCGAAGGAUGGUGUGUGUAGCCGGUACUAUGAUGUUCUUCUCCUUACUGGAACAUGUCUUAAGCAUAGCCUCAUCGAUAGGUGUAGACUGUCCAGUACCUUUGAUGCUGAAACGAUACGUUCUCGUAUCUCAUGGAUUCAUAUUUAUGGGACAGGACUAUUCAGAAUGGUUUGCUUUACCGCUUGUUAUAAUAAGUACUAUAGCCAGUCUGCUAUGGAACUUCCAAGACCAACUGAUAGUGCUUAUCAGUAUGGGAUUGACAUCGAGAUAUCAUAGGCUGAAUCAGUGUUUAGCGAAGAUAUGCUUGCUAGAGAAGAAACAGAUGCAGUCUGAUAAGAGAGUUGAGGCCGUAAAAGUAUAUACGUGGCGGAAACUGAGGGAAGCUUAUGUAAAGCAAGCGUCAUUAGUUCGCAGUAUGGACUCGGCACUAGGAGGCAUUAUAAUCUUUUCCUGCUCCUGCAACUUCUACUUCAUUUGUUUACAACUCUUCUUGGUUAUCACCCAAGGCCCAUCCAGUAACAUCCUGACGGGUAUCUACUACGUCGUCUCGCUGCUCUGGCUGUGCGUCAGAGUGGGAAGUGUGGUGCUCGCCGCCUCAGAUGUCAACGUACACUCACGUAUCGCUCUCAAGUAUCUGUAUAGUUAUGAAACGCAUGGAUAUAAUGUUGAGGUGGACCGGCUCCAAGACCAACUAACUAAAGAUUACAUCGCCCUCAGCGGAAUGGGUUUCUUCUAUCUAAAUAAAACUAUUCUGUUACAGAUGGCCGGCGCUAUAAUAACUUACGAGCUCGUCUUGAUUCAGUUUGACGACCAGGGAAAUGAUGGUCUUCAGGUCAACAUUACUAAAUAAGAGUUGGUCUUUUUGCCCAUUCGCAAUGGAAAUACCAGGAUUCAGUGUAUGCUAAGUAUUUUUUUUAUAGCUAUG